CUCAGUCCCUCCCCUAAUGACAGGUCAGGGCUCUCAACCUCGAGGAACGCCUUCGGGCAGCGUCCCAAGCCGCGGGAACCCCACGGAGUUUCCGUGGGCCGUGUCCCGACCCAAGGGGAGAGCCCUUCCCUGCAGCACGCUGCUGCGGGCAGGACGAGCCCCAAAUGGCUCCCCCAGGGACUCCAUUUACACCCCAGCCCAAUCUGACCUGUGGGCAGUCCCAGCCCCUCUUGACCCAGAACCCCAAUUACUCUCAAGCCCUGAGAACAAGGGCGCCGGAAAGGUUCCACAGCCAGGAAGCCACAUUUUCAUCAGGCGGCUGCACCUGCCACGGCUUCCCAGAAGCAAAGCCUUUAUUUUCAGGGCCCCGCCGGGGAAACCCCAGCCUGCUCCCUCCAAGACGGUUCCGUGCCGUGGGGGCUCUCCCGGGGAGCGCGGCAGGGCUGAGCCUCAGCAGGGUUCAGGGCCUGGCUUCCAGGCGUGCCUCCUCCUUCCCCUGGGCAGACAUGCUGCAGGGCAGAGGGCGAGUGCGAAAUCUCCAGUGCCCAGUUGGAGGUUUUCGUGGGAUCUGGCGAGUGGCAGCUGAGGAGAAGGUGCUGACGUGCAUCAGGGUGAGUGCAAAAGUCACGCUGUGGCCCCUGACACCCAGGGCUGCAGAGAAGGGCACUGCCAGGGGUCCAGGGUGCCCCCAAACUCAUGCCAAGAGCCCAGGAAGCACAAAGAGGGACCUGGGGGGUCCGGCCGCCACCUCUUGUGCUUCCAGGGAGCCCUGCUGGCUUCCAAGGAGCCCACUCUGCCCAGCCCGUCCGUCUGCCCCGCGGGCGAGCGCUGCGGAGGUGCUGGGAGAGGGGAGGAGGCCGGGGGGUCCGCAGAGCGUGCAGGGAGGUGGGAGCCUCGGAGAGGUGGCCUUGGGCAACCCUGUGCCCCCGGACACAGCGCGCCAGGGGCUGUUUCCCUCGGCCACGGGGCCUGUGUGUGUGCAGAGAGGUUCUGAGCACACAGGCCCCUCUGCCCGGCCAGCCUCUGCCCCGGCCCCGCCCAGCCCCCAGCGCCAUCUGAUGUCACUGAGCCUUUCAUGACGUCAGCACAUUCGUUCCCUAGACCUUGGUUACCGGCGGUGACCUGACCACACAGUGCCUGGCGGUGCUGGCUGUGUGCUGGUGCUGUGCUGGUGCUGUGCUGCUUGUGCUGUGCUGCGGGCUGGUACUGGACGUGCUGUUGGUACUGGUGGCGCUGGUGCCGGAGCUGCCACUGGUGCUGGUGCCAGCGGUGCUGGUGGUACAGCUGGUGCCAGCGGUGCUGGUGGUACAGCUGGUGCCGCU